CCGCGGCGCGUGGGGAAGAUGGCGGCGGCGGCGGAGCUGAUGCUGCUGGAGAAGUGGCUGGGGCUGCAGCGAGGGAACAAGUACAGCGCGCAGGGCGAGCGCCAGAUUCCGGUUCUACAGACAAACAAUGGCCCAAGCCUAACAGGAUUGACAACCAUAGCAUCUCACCUAGUUAAGCUAGCCAAUAAAGAGCAUUUGCUUGGGAGCUCUGCCGAAGAGAAAGCCGUAGUUCAACAAUGGCUAGAAUUCAGGAUAACUCAAAUAGAUGGACACUCCAAUAUCGAUGCUAUCCGGACUACACUGAAGGAUCUUAACGCCUAUCUUGAAGAUAAAGUCUACUUUACGGGAAAUAACUUUACUUUAGCAGAUAUUCUAUUGUAUUACGGUCUUCAUCGCAUCAUAGUAGACCUUACAGUUCAAGAGAAAGAGAAAUACCUGAACGUGUCUCGCUGGUUUUGUCACAUUCAACAUUUUCCAGGCAUCAGACAGAAUCUGUCAAGUGUAGUCUUUAUCAAGAACAGACUGUAUAGUAGUGUCCACUAGAAGACUGUCAAGAUUCCCCUUCCAUUCAUGAAGAAACUGAGAGCUUAGAAAAUGGGAAAUGUAUCCUGGAUCUCAGAAUUACACACCAUAGAAUCGUUAUCAUGCAAAUACUGAUGUGCUGUCAUUCAUCAUGUUCAGUAUUGGAAUGCAGACUAGAACCUUUGAUAAUGUAUAAAAGUGUGUCUAAAUGUUUCAUUCAUUCUUAUGAGUUUAAAAUUUGCAACGUUUUAUGUAGAAAUCAACCAUCAUUUUAAAAAUCUCCAAUCAUCAAGUUCUAAGUUAAUUUUGUUCUAUAGGUGAAAUAGAUUUUAAUUAAAUUACAAUCAGUGGCUCAAUCUUAAUGUAAAAGAAAAAUCUUUUGUGUUUUCAAUAGGUGCUCAUUUUGGCUAUUUAUUGACCGGUGAACCGUACCUGUGAUAUUCACCCUUUUUCUUCUUUCCCUCCUCUGCCUUCCCCACUCCCCCAGAAAAUGAACAUGGUUGUUUACACUAGUUUUUUUUUUAUUAAAAGCUAUAAUAAACUGUGCCAAGGAUGCAGUAAGGGAAAAGAUGUAUUUGUUUGCCUAUAUUUAUGUGAGAUAGUAAAUAUGGUUGGAAAAAAGUC